ACUACCUCAUCAUCUAGAUCCCUAAAUUGCAACAGCAUCACUAGACUCUCUCACACAAAAUGGCAGCUCUAGCUCUUUCAUGUCCCUCUAACUCCCUGUACAGAUCUUCCUUCUCCCCGAUCCCUACCAAAUCAACAGUAGCCGCUGCUCCUCGACUCAGGGUCUCGGCCUCCGCCGACGCUGCUCCGGGGAUGGCCACGAUGUACGACCUUCUCUCCGUGUCCCGGACCGCCGGGCCCAGCGAGAUCCGCUCGGCGUACCGGCGGGUGGCCCUGCAGUGGCACCCGGACGCGUGCCGCUCCGCCGGGGAGGAGCGCCGCUACGCGGAGCGCUUCAUGGAGGCUAGGGAGGCCUACGAGGUGCUCUCCGACCCCGUCCGCCGCCGCGAAUACGACCUCGCUCUCUCCGGCGACCGCUGGGCUGGCGCCGUCGGCGCCGGCCCGGCCUUCCGCGAUGGGCGCCCUCGCCGGCGAGGAGGCGCCGCGGUGGUGUUUGGGAACUGGGAAACGCAGCUGGACGGGCUACGGCGGCGGUCGGCCGUGGCGGAUCCCGGCGAGAAGGAGGAGACGUGGGGCGGCCGCGUGCGCCGGGCCCGCGGCGCCGCCGUCUAAUGGAUCGAGCCUUUUGGCGGCGAUUGGCAUCAAUUGGACGGCUCCGAUCGUGUGGCUCCCGGAUCGAUUCGGUGGCAUCUACAUGAGGAAAAUAAAUGUUCUUUAAGCCGACAAGUUUAACAAAACUUUCAAUUAGUUGGCAUCUACCAACAACAAUAAUCUUAAUUAUCAAAAUAAUAAUAUUAUAUUAUUAUAAUUUUAUUUAUCAAAAUAAUAUAUAAUAACGUGAAAUUUUAAAAGGGCA